AUGCGAAUGACUGACAGCGAAUUUCGAUUCCAAUUAAUAAAAGAAUAUUUAAAACCUAAUAAAUGUAAUUAUGUAUUUAUAGCCGAAGAUGCUACUAGUUCAAUAUGUCGUAUAGGUUACGAUGCAACAUUGAAUUCAUUUAUUGAUUUUUCUGCACCUUUAAUUGGUGGAGUACCACAGCCGAAUUCUUUUCAGACAGAAAAUUUCGAGCAAUUAGAAUUAUGGUUUAAUGAAAUAGGUAAAGCGAAGUUUAUUAAUCUUUAUAUGUUAAAAUCUUUAGUAUUAUCUGAUCCACCAUUUAUUUUGGCAGCUGAUCGAUCUAACAAUAGAGCAAAAGCAAUUGAAAUCUUUAAAAGAUGGCUAUUCAUUUAUCACCAAUGUUUAGCCCAAGAUAUACAUGUUAUAGGUUUUAGUACUGAUGCUGAUGCGCGUUUUCUCAGAGCAAUGAGAUUAUGUUCUCGUUUUUUUCUGCAACAUUACCAGAUUUUAACGUAUUUAAAUAUCGAGCUAUAUUUCAUAUAA